AAUAGCGCUAGCUCAAACACAGCCACACUAAAAAAACAUAUGGUCUGUGGGUAAAACAAAAACAUUAAAAUCAAAUCAUAAUAUGGAAUUUCUACACGAAUCAAUUGCACUGGGCGUGGAUUUAUUAAUAUUAGGCCUAUGCGCGCGGGAGUAUGUGACAUAUAAGCGCACCGCCCAAGUGCUUAAGACCGCACCGCAAUAUAAUAUAGAUGGGCAGCUAAAAUCGGUGGUGGAUCAGCAGCACGACAAGAAGAUACCAUAUGCGGUAAUUCGCGGCACAGUCACACCCAUUGGGGUUCCAUUGCGAAGUUCUCUGGUGCCCAGUGUUAGUGGGGUGCUCCAAAUAGUGAAGCUGCAUGAGCACAGGAUCACGCGGGGAUUCGCCGGCUUCUGGACGGAGCACCAUAAGCUGCUCCAUGAAUCCGCCAACGAGAUGCCCUUCGAGUUGCGCAAUCAACAGCACGGAGUGGAGAUUGUGGAUGCUUUGAGUGCAGCCGUUUUGGAUGUGGACAUGGUUUAUGACAACUAUGAACCCUCCAGUUUGUCCCUCUUCGAUCAUAUCUUUGGUUUCUUCUCUGGCGUUCGUCAGAGGGGGCUGCAGACCACCGAGGAGGUGCUCAGGGAAGGCAGUUUUCUCACCGCCAUCGGAGAGCUGGAAUUGGAUGGCAACACCCUCAGGAUGCAGCCUUCGCAGGAGGGACCUCUUUUCCUGACCACCGCCACCAAGUCCACGCUCAUCAAGCGGUUUGAAGAUGCCAAGGCAGCCUCCAUAUUUAAACUUGUAAUUUGUGGCACCAUUUCGGUUGUCCUGAUUGGAUUCAUUGCCAAGAAGAUCUAUCGCAGGAGGAAACAGGAACGGGAGGAGGCCAAAAUUCGCAAUCGUCUGGAGACGGAGCGAAGGGAACGACGGGCGAGGAGUCGUCCUCACACUUUGUCACAGGAUCAGCUUUGUGUGGUGUGCUCCACCAAUCCGAAAGAGAUCAUCCUACUGCCGUGUGGUCAUGUCUGUCUCUGCGAGGACUGCGCCCAGAAAAUCUCCAUUACCUGCCCCGUUUGUCGUGCAAAUAUCGCCUCCAAGGCAGCCGCCUUCAUCGCCUAGAAACCAAUCGAAUGCCAAAC